AUGGAAAAAGAUAAGAAAGAAUUCUAAAACAAAAACGCUAUGAAACUAGCAGAGUUAAUGGCUGAUCAGACACUUCUAGAUUAAGAGAAGAUUAUUUUUAUAAAAAAUAUAAAAAAUGGAAGUCAUUUAUAUAUUGAUCCAUUAGUUGACACAGUUAAGAAAACCUUAAAAUCAAAAUUUCCAUUUUAAACAAAAUUUAAUGCAUUAAUGGUAUUUAUAUUAGUUAAUAAUAGCUUCUUAAAGAUGCAAUGGAUACAAGACAGAAAGAAAUGGCAGAUUAUGUUACAAUAAAAAUAUUGGAUCGUUUAAAAACAAUCGCAAAAUAAUCUUUGAAGGGAGAUAAAAAUAAAUUAUUUAAUCCACCUGAUCCUGGAGAUGAAUUUUAUUUACUAUUAUUAGAAUGCCUAUAUAAUUGGUCAAUAUAUUUUUAAUUAUCUACAGAUUAGAAGAUGUAGCCUAGUCCAUUUAAAACUGUAUAUAGUGAAUUAUUAUAAGCAGGUAUUAGAUUUCCUACUUAAUUCAAAUACUUUAAAAAAAUAGAGCAAAUUUAAAAUCAAAAUGAUUAAAAAAUAAAAAAGUAACAACCACCAAAAGAAAUAGAAACACCUCAAAGAUAAUAAAUAAAUUAAGAAACACCUAAACCAAUAUAAAAACCACCUGUUUCUGAUCAAAAUAAAAAUGAUAAAUCUGCAUUUAUAACUGCAUCUGAAACUUUUGAAAGUCUAAAAGGUCUUUUAUUACUUGUUGUUGAUGUUCUAAAAGAAAAUGAAGAUGUUUCAUGUAAUCUUAUUUUAUUAUAUUAUAGAUUUAUCUGAAUUUUGUCCAGAACUUUAAUAAAUUGUAAAACCAAUUCAAAAUUAAAUGAAUGAAUUAGAAGAAAUAGAAAAUCCACAUAAAGAAAUAUUAAUUGAUGAUUUAAUCAAACUUAGUACUAAAACAAAUGAGUUAAUUUCUGAUAUAGAAAAAUGUCAAAAGAAAUCUAUGUCAUGGAAUGCAUUUAAAAAUAAACAUCAUCCUAAAUUAUAAGAUUUUAUUUCUACACUUAAAUUUCAUUAAGAAGAACCUAAAAAAAUACCUAAAGUUGAAAAAUAAAAACAAUCAUCAGACUAAAUAUAAGAAGUUCCAAAAUAAGUUCCUUAAAAUGAUAAUCCUUUUUGUUUUACUUAAGUUGCUAAUUUUGAAUAAGAUGACAUAGAAAAAACAUAAUAAGAUUUAAUUUAAUAAAAACUUUAAAAAUAAUAAAAUGAAUAAGCAUAAAUAUAACCACCUUAAUAAUAAGAGAAAUAGGAUUUACCUUAAAUAUAACAGAAAUAGGAAUUACCUUAAAUAUAAUAAGAGUAAACACCAAAAUAAGAUUAAUGGGAUUCCCAAGUGCCAAUUUCUUGGAAUUAAUAAUAAUAAGAAGUUAAAAAGAUUCCUGAAUCAGAUUUUUAAUUUGAUAAUCCUGAUAAUCAAUUUUAAACAUAAUGGAAUAUGGCAGAUUAAAAAUAAGAUUAAUAAUAAUAUUUUGAAAAUCCAUUUCAAUAAGGUUUUGAUAAUAAAGCUAAUAAUAAUAAUUUACCAUUUGAUUCAAAAAGAAUAAAUACAGAUCCUGAUUCUUAUAAUGGAUGGGGAAUAUAAUAAAAUUAAUAAAAUUAAGUCUAAUGGGAUUAAGGAUUUGAUGUUAAUUAAAAUAUUGAAGCAAAAGAUUCUAAUUAAGAUAAAGAAGAAGUUAAACAAAAAAUGAGACCCACUAUGCUUCCUUAAGCAUAAAGCGAACCCUCUAUUACAUCUUAGAAUAAUGAUGAAUAAUAAUUUCCAAAUCUUUAGUGGAAUGUUGAUUCUAAACCACCAUAAGAUGUAUUUACAGGUCAUUCAAAUGUUAUGGGAAACAGAAGUGAAUUUAAAACAGAAGUUGAUAGCAAACCAGAUUCAAAUAUAUUUAAAUUUAAUGAACCAUAUCCAAAUCUAGAAUCUAUGGCUUCAAAAAGUGUUGAUUCUUAUAAAGAAAAACCUAUAUCAGAAAAUGAAUAAGAAAAUAAAUAAAAUGUUGAUGAUUUUACUCAUAUGGAAACAGAUUUUAAUUUGUAAUGGGAUAUUGGUGCAAAAAAAUAAAAUCCUGAUGAUAUUUAUUCAAACAAAUUAGAAUUUGUUAAAUAAAAUUCUAGAUAUAAAUCUGAUACUUAUUCUGAUUAAGGUAGUAAGGUUAUUAAGUUUGAAAAUAUCGAAGUAGAUAUUGAUAAUCUAGAUCCUUUUAAAAAACCAAAUUAAUUAUCAAACAAUAUUUAUUCCACAAAGAAUAUGUAAACUAAUAGUUAAGUUAUACAAAUUUCUCUUGAUUUUUCUAUUAAAUCUAGGAAAAAUGUAUUAAGAAUGGCUGAUGCAGAAGUCUAAACUUAAGAAUAACUCAAUUACACAAUACUUAUGAAUGAUCCAUAAUAAGAAAAGAACCAUCAAGAAGAAAAAAGAAAAUUAAAUAAAGAAAUAUAAAGGUUAUCAUAAUCUAAUACUGAAUAUGAAUUUGAAAUCAAAUAAUAUAAAUCAAAUAUUGAAAAAUAUGAAUAAGAUUUCAAAUAAUUUAAAUUACAAUCAUAAAAAUGGACUGAUGUCUAUAAUUCUAUGAACAAAUAAUUAAUAAAUCUAACUGAAUUCAAUAAAUAAUCUAAAUUAAAUAUAUAAGAUCUUUCAGCAGAAAAUAAAACACUUAAAGAGUAAAUUAAAUUAAUAAAUAAUGAAAGUUGUGAAAAUUAAAGAAAAAUUUCAGAUUAUCAAUGUAAUUAAGAUUCAUUAUUAAAUAAAAUUAAAAUGAUUGAAAAAUAGUUCAAAUAAAUUAGUGCUAAUAAUAAAGAUCAUAAAUGUCCAAUUACAUAAUAUUUAGAACAAUUUCUCAAAACUCCUAAUUUAAUAGAAACCAAUGUUCCAGUAAGAUUUUCAAUAGCUCCUAAAGACUAAAAUAAAAUAUCAAAAAUUGAAAUCAAUUAUGAUGCUAGUUUAUUUUUAGAUAUUCUAACAGGAUGUUCUUAACCAUACUCCAAUCAAAUUGAUGAUUUUAAAUUUUCAUUACUGAUGUCAAGAGCUGUUUUAUAUGAAGAUAAAGUUUUAUAGGUAGGUUGUAUAACUAAAAUGGCUGAUGAAGAUCUUAAUUUAUAAUUACAUAUAAGAAAUAAAAGUCAAAAUAAUAUUUCUAUUACCAAAAUUAAUUUAUAAGUUCCUUCAAGUAAAAAUUAACAUAUUUAUUUAGACAAUUAACUCAAUGCUUUGAAUGUUUAAGAUGGAAGUGUUCUUGAAAAAUACACAACAUUUAAGAUCUAAUUGAAAUUUUAAUACACUGAAUUUUUGAAAUAACCAAUCUUAGAGUUUUCAAUAAAUGAAUAAUAGUAUCAUAUUUUAUUACCUGUUUCAUUAAUUAAAUUUGGUCUAUCAUAAAUAGAAGAUAUUGUAACAUUAAAGGAAAAAUGGAAAGAUAAUAAACGUAUAUAUUAAGUAAUAUAAUUAGAUAUGAAAUGUGUAAUCAAAUCGAAUAUUAAUACUCCGAAUCAUAAAUUUAUUAACUAACUGGUAGAUUUUAAAAGGUAUUUUUAAUCAUUAGUUUAAUCUGAAAAUUGUUUAAUAAUGUAGAUGUAUUUAAAUUAAAUUGAAUUUGGAAUUAAAUUUAAAGAAGAUAGACAACGUUAAAGAUUGAUGAUAAAGAUUCAAUCAAGUUAAUUAUUAAGAGCAAAAGCUGAAGAUCUUAUGUAGUAGAUAUUAUUCUUAUUUAAUGAUGAUCAGAACUAAAAAAAUGAUUGA